CAACUAUGCCACAAGAGAAGCUUUAAAUUUUUCUUGGUAAUGAUGAGAGAGAAAACCCUAUUUCUUAACUCUAAUUAGUCCAUGCAAUUAAGUUAAUCUAUUUCAUUAAUUGCACUUGUUUUUUUUUCUUUUUUCUUUUUCUUUUUUUUUUUGAAUUUGUUCUUCUUCCACUCCAUUAGCCCCAUCUUCAAAUCUCCAUUUUUAAAUCCUUCACAUUCAUUCCCUCUCACGUUCUCUCUCCAAUUACCCAUUUUCUUAAUCAACCAUCAUAAUCUCAAAUAUUUUCUCAGUAAACAACCACUCCUUCCAAUAACCAGAAGAUUCCACAAAUAAAGUUGAACAGAGCCAUCACCACCAACACAUAAACACACACCCUUUUGGCCUUAUCUUCAACUCCAACAACAAAAUUGAGAGAGAAAAAGGAAGAAAAAAAUAAAAACUUCCUGACCCAACAAAACCCUAGAUUUUCCACCACAUUCCAGGAAAACCCACAAGAAAAUCAAGCCCAGAAAGAAGAAAAAAACUAAAACAACAAAAAAACCCAAGAUUUUCCCGAGAAAAUGUCACAAAUGAAGUCCCACAUUGACAGUGCUCCAUCAACCCCAGGAAAAUUCAAGAUGGACAAAUCUCCAUACAGUCACAGACUCAGAUUCCACUCCUCUCUCUUCAAACUCACUUUCUGGUCCUUCAUCUUCAUAGGUUUGAUCUUCAUUUUCUUCUUCAGAUCACCCUCUUCCUCUUCUUCCCCAAUCUCCUCCGAUCUCUCUCGCCGAUCCCUCCGAACCUACUCCUGGGGCGGCCCGACUUGGGAAAAACGGGUCCGAUCCUCCGCCAAAGUCCGAUCCCGAAACGGGUUCUCGGUCCUAGUCACCGGCGCCGCCGGUUUCGUCGGAACCCAUGUCUCCGCAGCCCUCAAACGCCGUGGCGACGGCGUUCUCGGACUUGACAACUUCAACGAUUACUAUGACCCUGCAUUGAAACGAGCUCGCCAAGCUCUUCUUGAACGCACUGGUGUGUUCAUUGUUGAAGGAGAUAUCAAUGACAUAGCUCUUUUGAAGAAGCUUUUUGAGGUAGUUGCUUUUACCCAUGUAAUGCAUUUGGCUGCUCAAGCUGGUGUGAGGUAUGCAAUGGAAAACCCUAGCUCUUAUGUUCAUAGCAACCUUGCUGGUUUAGUUAGUUUACUUGAAGUAUGUAAAUCUGCUGAUCCACAGCCUUCAAUUGUUUGGGCAUCUUCUAGUUCUGUUUAUGGACUUAACACUAGAGUACCAUUUUCAGAAAAAGAUAGAACAGACCAACCUGCUAGUCUCUAUGCUGCUACUAAAAAAGCUGGUGAAGAAAUUGCACACACUUAUAAUCAUAUUUACGGGCUUUCGCUGACCGGGUUGCGGUUUUUCACUGUUUAUGGACCGUGGGGGAGGCCAGACAUGGCUUAUUUCUUUUUCACUAGGGAUAUAUUGAAAGGGAAGUCAAUUCCAAUCUUUGAGGCUCCCAAUCAUGGGACUGUUGCUAGGGAUUUUACUUACAUUGAUGAUAUUGUGAAGGGCUGUGUGGCCGCCUUGGAUACUGCAGAGAAGAGUACUGGGAGUGGGGGGAAGAAGAAGGGGCCGGCUCAAUUGCGGGUUUUUAAUUUGGGGAAUACUUCGCCGGUCCCUGUAUCGGACCUUGUGGGGAUUCUGGAGAGGUUAUUGAAACUUAAGGCGAAGAGGGUGAUUAUGAAGUUGCCACGAAAUGGGGACGUGCAAUUCACACACGCGAAUAUAAGUUAUGCGCAGAGGGAGCUCGGGUAUAAGCCAACGACGGAUUUGCAGGCAGGUUUGAAGAAGUUUGUGAGGUGGUAUCUUGGUUACUAUGGUGGUGGGAAGAAGAGUGACCAGUGAUAUCCACAUUCAUUCAAUUGUGUGGUAUAAAAAAAGUUUUUCGAUCCUUGUUUAUUUUGAUUCAUAUGAUUUUUUUGUUCUUCCUUUUUUAUAACCUAUCUCUGUUCUUUUACCCAAUUGAUUAUCUUGUUUACAUAUAUCUGUAAUGAUGAUGCCAUACGACGGGGGGAAUUUGCAUUCCACGCCGAAGAAAUUUUUGUGGUCGGUGGAUUAUUUUAUUUUCUGGGCUGUAUCAAAAGAAAGAAAAUCCAAGACCAUCUUCUUGAAUUCUUGGGAAUGUAAUUGUUGUAGUUUUAUAAAAUUGUAGAAUUCAUGACUGAUGAUGGAGCAUUUUGCUGAUUGGUGGUGGACUUUGUAUCAUUUCUAUGGAAAUUCGAAUAAAAUAGCACACGAUAGUUUUAGAUUUUCUA